GUUGAAAACAAAGUGACAGUGACAAUUGACAGAAGUGUCAGUGCGCCGCAGCUGUCAGUUGUGUGAACUUGUAUUUGUGUGAGGUUUUAUUACUAAAAAUUUAAUGGAGAUGGAUGGGAGUUACGACGAGAUAAUAUCCGACAAUCCAUUUUUUGUCGAAUUAAAAAACGAAUAUGCUAAUAUAUUUCAACACUGCAUAUCACAGUCUUGGGUUAUAUGUGUGCCGCGUAUCGGAAGCUUGACCAGUCGAGUUUUCACUGUCGAGGACUUCUGCGCCCACAUAUUAGUCCCGAGCGACGAACUACCGGAGACCCACUACAGCACGCUCACUGAGAAACAAGUGACAGUCACAAACAAGGUCAUCACACUUGAAGUGUCCAAGGGACUGCCUCUGCAAAGCCACAUCCUGUUUGAGGAGACAUUUUACACAGAAGACUUCAUUAAAUACAAAGUGUGGUGCAUAGAAACACAACUGGAACCCACAACUGCGGGGGGUGAGAACACUGUCUCUAAAGAGUAUUUGACAAGUAUCAAUGACUGCAUAGAUCUGCUGUGGACUCAGGCGGCUGGUCGCCAAGUCCUUGAUCAGAUUGAACAAAGUGUCCAGGCGUUCAUAAAGAAACAUACAACAUUGCCGAUAGCUAUAGGGUCACUUAGGGACACUGUCAGUGAGUUAUAUACACAGUGUCUGCAAUUUGCACUACAAAACAGAAGAUUAAGGGACAAAUCCAAGUCAUGCAAACAAGUUUUGGAAAACAUAAAAUUGGCAGUAGAAAGUUACAUGCAAUAUCUACUGUUUGAUGCUAUAUUUAAACCGAUAUGCACUUCAUGUGCCUACGAAGACUCUCAUCUAAACAAGAAGAUAAGAAACAUGUGCGACAUUCAGUUGAGAGACCUUGACAUUAAAAGAGAAUUGUAUCAUGCAGUGCCAAAAGCAAAACAAAUACUUUCAAAAAUUGAUUCUUAUAACACUGUUUUGGAGAAGAUUAUAUGUUUGAAAAGAGCUUUAAAUGCAAUCAAUAAAACAGAUGAGAGUAAUAACAUUGUCUUACUGACAGCCGAUGAUUUGUUGCCGGUCUUUGUGUUUCUUGUAAUAAAGUCUGGUUUACCUAACUGGUACAGUCAGCUCACUUAUAUGAGAGAGUUUCGCUUCAGUAGUAUUGGUAAAGGUGAUGGUGAUGAAUGUGCCUUCCUCAUCACUACCCUGGAAGCUGUGAUAGAGCAUAUACAGUCUGGUGCAUUGGCUGGCCCACCCGACCCAGAGUCAUAUUACUAUGAUAGCAAUCUUACAGAGGAAAAAUUAGGCCAGAUCCAAAGAAAAAGCAGCCUUACCGAAUCUAUAUCUACUACUGACACAAAUGGCAAAGAAGAAACAUUGGAAUACAUAUUUGAGCUCAUAAAAGCAAAUCAUGGUGAACAAGUGCAAGCUAUAUUACAAAAGAAUGAGAAACAUAUUAAAAAUCUUCAACAGAAUGAGAACAGUGCGCUCAGCAUCACUCUUGACAAUGACCUGUCAAAUGAUGAGGAUGAUGAUGAUGAUGAAGGUGAAAUGGAGAUUUAUCACAAACUCUGUCAUCCACUGUGCAAUUGCAAGAAAUGUAAAUGCAAGAUAUCAAGGAACCUCUUAAAGAUAUCCCCUACUGUUGGGUCUAGGGACAGUCAUGGCCUGACGGCACUUCAUGUGGCAUGCAUCCACGGGAAGGCGUCCAUCGUAGAAGCACUCCUUGACAUGGGUGCCGACAUUAAUGCCACAGACCUCAACGAAUGCACGGCUUUACAUUAUGCGUCAUCUAGAGGACAUCAAAACGCACUGUUGCUGUUAUUGCACUCGGGCGCUAAUAUCAAUCAGACAAACAUUGAUAAGAACACACCACUCCACAUGGCUGUCAACAAUGGACACUUGAACUGCGUAAAAGCACUUAUAUAUUUUGCGGAACAUAGUAGGAAAAAGAUGAACAUUAACGCCGUGAACGAGAGUGGAAACACACCCUUACAUCUCGCUUCUAAGUGGGGGUAUGAAGGGAUAGCGAGAUUGUUAAUAGAAAAUGGCGCCGAACCAUCAUUACAAAACCGUCACAAUAAAACCGCCUUUGAUUAUGCUCACAACUUGAAGAUAUUACAAGUUCUAAAGUCGUGUACUCCGAGCUUGUAUGAAUACAUACACAUCACAAGCACGGACGUAAAAGCUUUGAAUUGCAAAUCGGACGAUUCUCUGGUGUCGAGAUUGCAGAAAUUUACAUUGAGGAAAACUGAACCGAACAGUGCAACCAAAACGGUCGAGAACUUGAAAUUAAUUGAUCGAAUUUUGAAGGCCAUCUCGUACGGCGACGUCAAACUGGCUUGUUUUUAUAUGGGUAUUAACUACUCCGCAUAUAAAAACGUUGAAAAAUUACCAAACAACACGCUCUGCCAUCCGCUUUGCGGUUGUCCGGACUGUAAGAGGAAAUCUGCAUCGAGUACGGACUUUGACGUCAAUUUCUGCGAUUCUAACGGGUUCACUGCCCUUCAUUACGCAGCGCGUUAUGGUUUAGACGAGCUAUGUAGUAUCCUCAUACUCAACAGAGCUAACGUAAACUGUUAUAAUAGGAAGUUUCAGACUCCAUUGCAUUUAGCAGCUCUUAACAAUAAGACUGUUGUUAUACGUGUACUUUUAGACAACGGUGCCAAUAUUAACGCUAUAGAUAUAACUGGAAACACUGCCUUGCACGACGCCAGCGAUAUGGGGAACAUAGGGGCCAUAAAAAUGUUGCUCACUUACAACCCAAACUUAUCUAUACUGAAUGGCGCUGAGAAAUCAGCGUUAGUUUUGGCUAAAGAAAAAGUUCACUUAACUAUCAUAGAUCUUAUAGAUAAAUACGCCAAUAGGACAUGAACUACUUUUUUAUAAUGUAGCUGUUGUAGUCGCGAUAUUAAAUUACGUUUUAGAAUCAAUCUGAAUUGAUACACAAAGUUGGAGCUAUUUUUAGCGGCCGCAGUGUUCCCUUUAUGUCGGUUACUGGCACUCGGCGUUUGUGUAGAAUAUAUGUUUGUAUAUCAAACCGCAGUUCUAAGAGCAAAAUCUACAGAUAACUUCGAUGUAGUCCAAGUCAAAUUAACAUAAAAAUAGUUCAAUAUUGUUUUUGUUAUUAAGGCGUGUUUUAUUUAAUCAUCACUGGGAACACAUCAUAAAUAUUUUUUUACUUAGCUUUAGAAUAGUCAAUUUAGCCUAAAUUGAAUUAGAAAGUAACAUAAAUUGUAAUAAGGUAAAAACCAAUCUGAAUACAAUUCAAUAAUUAAAUGGCAUCUGAUUGACAAAAAUCAUUAACUGUGAUUCAUUAUCCUAAGAGAAUGCAACACUUUAUUAACAAUAUCAUUAGUAAGUAGACGCCAUUAGUAUUUAAUAGCUUUAACCAACCAACUUAGUUCGUAAGACUUAAUUAUGUUACAGGGUUUAUUUUUUGUUCACUGCCAGUAAUUGCACAUUCCAUUGUUUUAGUGUUUUUAAAACAUUGUAUGUACUCGUAAAUUAUUGUUUAUUUCCUGUUGCCAUACUUUUCUUGUUUACAUUGUACUCAUCUGUCGUGCCAUACAAAAUACGUUAUGCAUAAUACAUAAGACUGAUUACUUCUAUAUUUUUGUUACUGUCUUGUAUCACUCGAAUCAACUGACCUUUAUGUUUUGAUAUUCAUUAAAUAUUUUUAUUAGUAA